AUGCAUCACGAAAAGGUCAUUGAGAAGUCCUCAAAAAGUGAUGCUAUGAUCAAAUCAAUCGAUCAAGUCAGAGAUAGUUCCUCUGUCUUGCCAAGUUCAAUAGGAAUUCGCUUGUGGGGUUGUGAUCUGAUGAACCCAUUUAAUGAGGAGAAAGGGAAGGUCAAAGAAGAGAAGUCAGAGCAACAUGAAAUGGCAUGCGAAAAAGAAAUGAUCGUCAAGAAUAAUAUUGAAAACACCGAUGAAAUUUCAAUAGAAAAUUCCAAAGGAAAACAAAUUAAGUUACCACAAAAAAAUGUGAAAAAGUAUAAAGGGGUUAGACAGAGGAAGUGGGGUAAGUGGGUGUCCGAGGUUCGAGUUCCGAAAACGAGAAACCGAAUUUGGUUAGGAACGUUUGACACGUCUGAAGAAGCUGCUUUGACUUAUGACAAGGCAGUCAUAGAAAUGAGAGGUCCUGAUGCUGUGACAAACAUCCUUAAGCCACCACCAAGAGAGGUACAACCAAUGGAAAACAACCUCAUCAACCCACCGCCAAAUUUUAUGAAUCUUUCAUCUUCAUCCUCAAAUGAUGCUAGGGUUUGA